AUGGGUGAAUCGAAAAGAACCAUCGAUUCUUUUUUCAAACGAAUAGAAGAUGUAUGUGAUCCACAAUUGCAUUCGGUUACUGAUAAUACCAAAGAAGAUGAUCAUAAUACACACCCACAACAUGAUGGAAAUAGUAACAUUGAAGAGCCCAAUAAUAUUGAACCAGAAAAAAAUGAUAUGUCAGCUUUAGGAGAGUUAUGUCACAUAGAGAAUGUGAUAGAGAAGCAAACGACCCAACAAGUUAUGGAUAAUAGACUACGCCUUAAAGUUUCUAUUGAGGCCAUUAAAUGGCUCACGUUUCAAGGAUGUGCUUUAAGAGGUCAUGAUGAACGACCUAACUCAAGAAAUCAAGGGAAUUUUCUUGAAUUGAUAAAGUUCCUUGCUUCUUAUAAUAAGACUGUUGCUGAUGUUGUGCUAGAAAAUGCUCCUCAAAAUGCAAAAUACGCAUCACCAGAUAUCCAAAAAGAAAUCUUAAGUGUUUUAGCUACAAAUGUAGAAAAAACUAUUCAUGAUGAAAUCGAGAUGUCAAAGUUUUGUUUAAUAGUUGACGAGUCUCAAGAUGAAUCUAAGAAAGAGCAAAUGGCUAUUGUUGUGAGAUUUGUCGACCAAGAUGGAAAUGUUAAAGAAAGAUUUUUGGACUUAAUUCAUGUUAAAGAUACAACUUCAUUGACCUUGAAAAAUGAGAUAUUAUGUUCCUUAUCUUAUCAUAAACUUAGUGUUCAAGAUAUCCGAGGUCAAGGAUAUGAUGGGGCUAGUAACAUGCGUGGAGAAUGGAAUGGGUUGCAAGCUUUAUUAUUAAAGGAAUGUCCAUAUGCUUAUUAUAUACAUUGUUUUGCCCAUCAACUGCAAUUGGCUCUAGUUGCAGCGUCGAAAGAUGUGUCUGAGGUACAUAACUUCUUCAAGACUUUAAAUUUUGUAGUUAAUGUCAUAUCUUCUUCUUCCAAAUGUAAUGAUCAACUGCAAGAUGCUCAAAUUGCUGAAAUUUCUCAUUUAACCGAGGUCGGAGAGCUUGAGAGUGGAAAAGUAUUGAAUGACAUUGCUUUAAAAGGUUCUACAUCUUCUCAAAGAGGUGAUGCGGCAUAUGCACUUACACAUGCAUUAUCAUUCGAUUUUGUCAUUGUUAUGCACAUGAUGAAAGAAAUAAUGGGGAUAACUGACAAGCUUUGCCAAACCUUACAACAAAAAUCUAUAGAUAUUGUUAAUGCUUUGGCCUUGGUAUCUACAACAAAAAUAUUGAUUCAAAAGUUGAGAGAUGAAGGUUGGCAAUCUCUAUUGGAUCAGGUGGUUUGUUUUUGUGAGAAACAUAACAUUCCUGUCCCUAACAUGAAUGAAGCUUAUAGAUAUAUAAUUCGCCAACGCCGUGAGAAAGACAAUAUAACCACAGAGCAUCACUACCGAGUUGAACUAUUCAUUGCUGCUAUUGAUAGUCAGUUGCAAGAGCUGAAUUCCAGAUUUAAUGAGUCUACAACAGAGCUUCUCCGUCUCAGUGUUAUGCUAGAUCCAAGAAAGUCCUUAAACGUUGAGGAUAUAUGUAAAUUGGCAACAUCAUAUUACCCUAUGGACUUUACGGAGCAUGAAAGGAAUUUGUUGAAACUUGAGUUACAACAUUAUGAAAUAGAUGUGCAAAAUCACCCACAACUGAAAAAUUCUUCUACAAUUUCAGAGUUGUGUAGAGACCUACAUGAAACAAGAAAGUUGAGUACUUAUCCCUUGCUUGAUAAGCUGAUUCGUCUCAUAUUGACUCUCCCUGUUUCUACCGCGACAUCUGAAAGAGCAUUUUCGGCAAUGAAACUUGUGAAAACACGACUCCGAAAUACCAUGAGUGAUGAUUUUCUUAAAAGUUGUUUGCUUGUUAACAUUGAGAGAGAGAUUGCCGAUACAUUUCCUACGGAUGAGAUUAUAGAUGAUUUCUAUUCCAUGAAACAAAGACGAGCACAACUUAAAGUUAAUGGAUGA